AUGGCUUUCGAUCUCUGGACUUACCAGUUUUGCCUUGCCUGCGACAAGCAGGUGCAAUCUGACGCUGCAACCUACUGCUCUGAGCCUUGCCAGAUGAUAGACUCAGAAAGGUCAACGUUGCGGCCCAGCUCGCAAGAGAGCUCCCCUGGAUUCCCUCCGCCUCCCACCGAGUUCUAUGUCUCCUGGGCGUAUGGCCUAAGUACCGCACGAUCCUGCGAGACUACGGCUCAGAAAAGGCACUGGAUCCAUUAUAUGAUGCCCGAUACUGAGCAGCCUUGGCUCCAUGCAGACCGAUCCUGCAUCAUGUCUAUGUAUACCUCAAACGGCGGGCCCGAAGCCGACUGGGAGGUUUAUGCGACGACAGAGAACGCGACUCGUUCCAAACUCGCUCGUCGGGCGACAUAUAAUCACAAUACCUACCUCACUACGCCGCCUUUCUCGGCGACUUUUACUGCAACAAGAUGGUAAAUUUAUCUGGUAUAAAACAUGCCGUUUCCACCUUAUCACCAUUGUGGACAGUUUGACUUCAAUGGAGAUCUGGGUUUUGUGGGCGGAUAGUACUUAUUUCAAAAAUAAGGUUCUCGUGGAUCACCGCAUUUAAAACGCAUUUGUCGCAAAAGACCCACAAGCUGGAGCGAGCCAUGUAUGACUUCUUCAAAUAGGUUAUCGCCCUCAGCCUUGCAAUUGAUAUCUUUGACCAUGGCACAUUGAUCGUGAAGCCCAACAUCUCCAGGAAAUGCAAAGCUGAUAGCAGCAGGCGUUGGUGCCCAUGACCAGGAAGGGCCUAUCAAGGUGACUGGGGGAUUUUCAUACCUAGGUGUGCCCGCCUUGCCUGCC